AUGAAGGCAUCACUUCUCGGCCUCGGCGUCCUCGCCGGAUUGGCCAGCGCAAACAUCAACUUCGAAUGGGUUAACCCCAAGUGCGCCCACAAUGCCACCAUCAACCACUGCCUGACUGGCCAGCACUGCGGCGACAACGAGGUCUGCGUACCGGACCUCAAGAGCGAGUACUCCAAGCUCGUCUCUCGAUCAUCCCUCCGUGUCGUCCCCGCCAAGAGGCAGGCUGCCAAGUACUCUCCCGACGGAAAGUGCGGCCCUACCAACGGCAACAUGCUUUGCGACCCCAAUAGCACAGUCUACUCCGGCACAUGCUGCUCCGAGUACGGAUGGUGUGGAAACACACCCGCUCACUGCGGAACCGGCUGCCUCUCUGGCUGUGGAAACACACCUGCUCCCCAGCCCACCAAGGCUGCUACUCCCGAUGCUCCCAAGGCUAGGGACGAUGGCCGCUGCGGAAAGGACUUUGGCGGCGCCACAUGUGACGCUAACGGUCCUUACGGCGGAUGCUGCUCGUCUUACGGCUACUGUGGUAACACUGAUGGCCACUGCCUCGCUGCCAACGGAUGCCAGAACGGUUGCAAGGGUACCACUCCUGUCAAGGGCGACCCCCCAAAGGAUGACCCCGCUCCUGUUGUCAGCCGUCCUCCUUCCUCGACUACUUCUGGCGAGCCAGUUCUUGGUAAGCCCACCACUGCCGCCGCCUCCAAGCCUACCGGCGUCGCCACUACCGAUGGCAGCUGCGGAGCCAAGUUCGGAAACACUGUCUGCGGUGACUGGGCUCAAGGUAGCUGCUGCUCCAUGUACGGCUACUGUGGUAACACCACUUCCCACUGCGGUGAGGGUUGCCAGAACGGUCCUUGCCUCAACGCCCCCAGCGUCCCUGCUCCUGCUGCCAGCCCUGCUCCUCGCGCCGCUAAGCCCGGUAGCAUCGCGCUCAAGGGUCGCUCCGGUGUUCCUGUUAUGCACGCUGGUCUAAUGCCCAACGGCAAGGUCGUCUUCCUUGACAAGGUCGAGAACUACACUGAACUCAAGCUCCCCAACGGCCAAUAUGCUUACUCUGCUGAGUGGGACCCUGCCACCGGCAAGCUCACCCCCUUGGCCUACAAGACCAACGCCUUCUGCUCUGGUGGUAUCUUCCUUGCUGACGGCCGCUUUGCUUCUCUCGGUGGUAACGCUCCUCUCGACUUCAUUGACCCCACUGUUGGCGAUGGUUUCCGCGGCAUCCGUCUCCUCAAGCGCUCUGCUACCGACAAGUCGCUCGAUGGACAAGCCUGGGACGAGCCCGGUACUCAGCUCGACACUCCCCGUUGGUACGCUUCCGUCCAGAUCAUGCCCAACGACCAAAUCUUUGUCGCAUCUGGAUCCAAGAACGGUCUUGACCCCUCAAAGCCCGAGAACAACAACCCCACCUACGAGAUGCUCAACGCCGACGGUACUCCCCAGGGAACCAGCUUCAACAUGGAGAUUCUCAGCAAGAACCAGCCUUACUACAUGUACCCCUUCAUGCACCUGAUGAAGGACGGAAACCUCUUCGUCCAGGUCUCCAAGUCUGCUGAGAUCUUCAAGGUUGAGACUGGAACCGUUGUCCGCAUGUUGCCCGACCUUCCCGGUUCCUACCGUACCUACCCCAACACUGGUGGAUCCGUUAUGCUUCCCCUGUCCUCUGCCAACGACUACAACCCCGACAUUGUCAUCUGCGGUGGUGGCCCUUACCAAGACAUCACUGCCCCUGGUGACCCAUCUUGCGGUCGCAUCCAGCCUCUUUCUGCUGACCCAGAGUGGGAGAUGGACUCCAUGCCCGAAGGCCGUGGUAUGGUUGAGGGAACUCUCCUCCCCGACGGUACCGUCGUCUGGGUCAACGGUGCUAAAGAGGGUGCCCAAGGUUUCGGUGUUGCCCAGGACCCUGCGCUCGAGGUCCUCCUCUACGACCCCAACCAGCCCAAGGGCAAGCGCUUCACCACCGGCCCAGCCUCCACUAUCGCCCGUCUCUACCACAGUGUCGCUCUUCUCCUUCUUGACGGUACUCUGUUGAUUACUGGCUCCAACCCCGUCGAGCAGCCCAUCCUCACCCCCGACGCUAAGAACCCCUACGUCACCGAGUUCCGCAACGAGAUCUACACUCCUCCUUACCUCCAGGGCAACCCCACCCGUCCCUCCGCUGUCCAGAUCUCCUCCAAGGACCUCAAGGUUGCGCAGACCUUCAACAUCAAGUUCACUGCUCCUGCCAACGCCAAGAACGUCAAGAUCUCGCUCUACUACGGUGGAUUCGUUACUCACUCUGUCCACAUGGGUCACCGCAUGAUCUUCCUUGACAACACCGGCUUCAAGGCUGGUGCCACUGCCCAGAGCUUGACUGUGACUAUGCCUCCUAACAAGGCUAUUGCGCCUGCCGGUCCUUACGUCAUCUACGUUGUUGUUGAUGGUGUUCCGGCUAUGGGCCAGUUCGUACACGUUUCGUAG